AUGCCCGAUUUUUUCAAGACAUCCUCGCACACCCAGGAUUCCGCGCAAGGUACCAAUGCGCGGAAGGAGGCGGUCAUGAAUUCUAUUCGUUCAGAGCUCGCGCUCGUGAACGUGCAGGAGCUCAUUAACAAAGCUACUGAAAAAUGUUUCACAAAGUGCGUACCGAAGCCCGGAACGUCACUUACGAGUUCAGACGAGGCUUGUCUUGCACGGUGCUUGGAUCGUUACAUGGAAGCAUUCACUGUUGUUAGCAGGACUUAUACUGCAAGGAUUAGCAGGGAGAGCAGUCAGUUGCGGGGGGCUGCGGCGGAAAUAUAG